CACAUUGAGAGAGAGAAAAAAAAAGAAAGAGAAGUGGUGUCAAAUGGAGAAAGCAGCACCAAAUAACAAGAAGCUCAAAAACAAGAUUCUGAAGCUUCUUCCAAAGGCGAUCUCCUUCAGCCCGCGGCGUGACACCCGGCCCGAGAGGCCCAAAACCCACCACAACAAAGCCUUCUCCGGCCCGAUCAUCCCGGCCGAGGCCCGUCGCAAGCUCAGGAGCUUCGAGACGUUCACGCACGAGCCGACUUCUCCGAAGGUCACGUGCACGGGGCGGGUCAAGCACAAGGGCAGGAUUUCCGAGAAGACGAAGAAGAAGCAGGUUUCUGUACCGAAAGAGUUGAAGCCCGUUUCUGAUCUCCCGCAGGCCGUGAAGAAGGCCAAGAAGAAGAAGAAGAAGGCGGGGAUGAUAAAGAAGUUUUUGAGGGGAGAGAGGAAGUGCGUUGAGGUUGAGCCCGAGGGUGGGAGCGCGCCGAGCCUGUGCCAUAUGAGGAAAUUCGCGAGCAGCCGCGACACGUUUGCGAAUUUCGAUUGGGCGACGGCGGCGCAGAUUGCGCCGGAGGAUUGCUGCGAUGGAGAGAGGGCGUAUAGCGAUGGUGACUAUGAUGAUGACGACGAGUGCGGCGUACCUUUCUCGGCGCCAAUAUUGAGCGGCGGCGAAUUGGAGCCGAAGAAGGAGAUUAAUUUGUGGAAGAGAAGGACCAUGGCUCAGCCUAGGAGUCUUGAGUUGGAUUUGGAUGAAUAGAUCAAAUUAAUUAGGAUAAAUUAUGCAAUUCUCUUUUUCUUUUUCUUAAUGAUGAUAUUUGAUUUUGUUGUUGUAGGUUCAUUUAAAAGUUUGUACUAUAAUUAUGUUGUACAUAUGGGUAGAUAUAUUUUUUGAAACUAUACUUUUUUGGUUUGAA